ACAGGGCUCAAUGCGUCACUUCCGCUUUUCUUCCUGUUUAUUUUCUCUAACUAGCACCACGCAUACAUACAUACAUACAUGUAGCAGCGCCACACUGAAUGAAACAUUUGUGGCAACAUAUUUAACGGUCUUUGCUUCGUAUGAAAACAUCAGAACAAGCAGCAACAUUGCUAGUUCCCUCUAAAAAUGGAUUUUCUUCCAAAACCUGCUGGUGGCAGAUAAGUCUGCCAGAAUGCGGCAUCGUUUUACACGGACGUCAUCCAGUCGCCUGAUUGACUUCAAGUUCUCCACUGCCGUUCCGAGUGAGCCAGCAAACGCAUGUCGCGAAUCAGGACCACACUCGACAGUGUCACCAAGGCCGUAGGCAGCACAGACCUCAUCUCCAAGUUCUCUCGCUUCAAGCCUGGCAGCGCCACAGUCGACAGCACCCAUGCGGAAAAGGUUCCGGGCAAAGCCGAGACCUUAACCUCGAACAACAACGCAGAUACGGCCUCGUCGCCUGACACCAGCAUGAAAGAAGAAGAAGAAGGUGAGAGGAACACGGUGAAGGAGGAAGAGUCAGACAAGCCACGGCAGCAAGUUACAGAAAAUCCUUUUGUUGCCACAAAGAAGUCCACACCCAGUUUAGCUUCAGCAGCGAAUGCGUCUGCAUCAAGCUCUUCCUCGACUGUGGCAAAACAAACCAUGCAGCUGUUUCACCCAGCGGCUCUGUCCACCAACAUGGAUGACACCUACAAAACUCUUGCUCAGCACAUCAAUAGUUACUUUGGCACCAGCACACAAGAGGAAGGAGGAGACGCCAGGCCACCGCAGCAGCACAGAGAAGGGGAUGAUCCUGUGUCUGAGCCCACCUUCAGCGCCGUUGCUCGGACAACUAGGGACCACAUUCCUAUUUUGUCUCCAGUGGCAGAGGCUAAAAGUAUUGAAGCACCCACUACCUCUCCUCCCGCUACCUCUCCGUCUCCAUCUCCACCAGAAAAGCUCAGUCCUCCAUCAGGGAAGCCCUCCUCGGACAUCCCUGCUACUGAAAGUGCAGCUCAGUCCGUCCCCGUGCCUGCUACCUCCCCUAAAAAAGGCUUCACCCGCUAUCUUUCCUACCCUCGGCCCAGCGUUCAGGCGUUUGUCGGCAACUACAUCGCACCCCUGGUCCCCAAAUUCAGAGGUGAGUCCAAAAGUGUUGCAGCUAAAAAAGACACGUCUUCAGCAGUCGCUGUGGAAGAGCCCACUGUGGACAAGGCAGGAGAGAAGACAGCCAGCGAAGAGGAGAAAGCAGAUAAAGUGAAACAACAGCUGUUGACUCAAAGAGAGAAGAUAACAGCCAGGGUGAGUGUAGAUAACAGGACCAGAACCCUUGCGAAAGGCCUGCAGAGAGUCACUGACAUCAAGCUCCUCACCAGUCGAGUGGAGGAGCUCAGCUUUCACCUCCUGGAGUUCCCCGAGACGCGAGGUGUAGCGAUCAAGGAGAGUGUGCUGCCCUGCCUGCUGCGAUUACGCCAGGCCAGAGACCUCCCUCUUCAGUCUUCUGUGAGAGAAGCACUGGCCCUGGUUGGCUACAACGAACCAGUCAAAGGCAGAGGAAUUCGGGUCCUGGCCAUAGACGGAGGUGGAACAAGGGGACUGCUGGCCCUGCAGACUCUCCAUAAACUGCAGAACCUGACUGGCAAACGAGUCCACCAGUUGUUCGACUACAUCUGUGGAGUCAGCACAGGUGCGAUUCUGGCGUUCAUGCUGGGUAUAUUUCAGAUCCCCUUAGAGGAGUGCGAGGAGAUGUACAGGAAGCUGGGCUCGGAUGUCUUCAAACAGAAUGUCAUCGUUGGAACCGUAAAGAUGGGCUGGAGCCACGCUUUCUAUGACAGCGAGAUAUGGGAAAACAUCCUCAAGGAACGGAUGGGUGAGGGGCGUAUGAUUGAAAGUGCCAGGGACCCCGACUGCCCCAAAGUGUCAGCAGUGAGCACCAUUGUGAACAGGGGUUUACCUCUGAAGGCCUACGCGUUUAGGAACUACAGACUCAUGCCAGGAGUGAGAUCCCACUACCUCGGAGACUGCAACCACAAAAUGUGGCAGGCUAUCAGGGCCUCGUCUGCCGCCCCGGGCUACUUCCAGGAAUUUGUCCUGGGAAAAGACCUCCAUCAGGAUGGAGGACUCCUAAUCAACAAUCCCACAGCACUGGCCAUCCAUGAGUGCAAGUGUCUGUGGCCCAACACACCACUGCAGUGUGUAUUGUCACUGGGCACCGGACGACACGAGACGGCGGUCCAGAACAGCACGAACUACACGAGCCUCAAGACAAAGCUCAGCCACGUCAUCAGCAGUGCCACCGACACCGAGGAGGUGCAUACCAUGCUGGACGCACUCCUGCCCCCCGACACCUACUUCCGCUUCAACCCCUACAUGAGCGAGGACAUCCCGCUGAACGAGAGCCGCAUGGAGAAGCUGAACUUCCUGAAGGGCGAGGGGGAGCGCUACCUGGAGCGCAACGAGGCCAAGCUGAGGAAGGCGGCCAGCGUGCUGGGCCAGGAGAAGAGCACCAUCCAGAAGCUGGCCGAGUGGGCCAAGCUCAAGGCCGAAAUGUACGAGGGCCUCCCCUUCGCCUCCAAGCUGUAGUUAUCGGCUUGGCAACAGUGUGACGACGAGUGAGUUUUUAAGGUAAGAAGAGUGUAAAAACUCUCAAGACGUGAUAGAUUAGGGGGCGAACUGGACACAUACUAAAUAAUUUGUUUACUUGGUUUGAUCAUCAUCUACCUAACACUAAAAGGACUGUUUGAGAAAUUUAUAACUAUGAUUAUUCAUUAAAAAAAAAGACAAUACUAUACUGUAAAUAAUGCUGUGAAAUUACAAAUUGUUCCGUGUGGGACAGAAUGUGUCUGAUGGAGACAGAAUAAUGAUGAAAUCAUUCACUUGAAUGAUCAGAGAAAGGAAAUGUAUGUUCGUAAAAGUAUGAAUUUUAAGCUUGUUAAAAGUUUUGGUUGACUGAACGCACAAAGACGGUAAUGUGACACCAACCAUUUUAUGAAGAAUAAUGGUAAUAUAAUAACUAGCUAUUAUGUAAAAAAAAAAAAAAAAAAGAAGACUGAUCAUGUCCAUUUGCAUUUCCAGUAACUUGAAUAUUGUACAUUAAGAUGUAAUUAGUACAUGGUUGCACAGUGAGUACAUAAACAUGACUGCCUAUUUCUGACACUGUACAGAAGAAAGACCUCAUGCACUUUGUAAAAUAGAGUUCUUAACCAAGAAAAUGUAAAUAAUACUUGAAGUAAUUAUGAAUUAUUUGAGCUCUCUUGCUAGAAUAUAAGAAUACGACGAAAGAAACAAUGCUGAUUUCUUAAUUUCGCUGUGCCGUAGUGGCACAUACAGACACGGAACUCUGUUCCGAUACUGAUGAUAAAGUAUCAGAAUGCAGAUUACUGUUUUCCUCAUGGUGCAAAGCAUGUUGUCCUUUAUGGCCCAUUAUUCAGUUGCCUUUUACCUUGCUCAAGCCUGAAUUCCUCAGCCCUCAAUGUUGUUGUUGCACACUUUAUACAUUUGACACUUUUUACAUUGUGAGAAUCCUAAUUGCCCCGAUUCUUCCCUUCUUUAUUGAUGGUGAAAUGCAAAAAAGAAAAUGUCAUGAAAAAUAAAACUUGGGUUUCAAAUUCUG